AUGGAGGUGAUAACCAGAGAUUUAAAAGGUUUUAAGAUUCUGCUGCGGAGCAACCUGCGCCAGCUCACCCUCAGCGCGGCCGGGGCCGACCAGACAGACUCCCCCGACGCCCCCCAGCUCGUGCUGCCGGCCAACAUAGGGGACAUUGAGGUGCUGAACCUGGGCAACAACGGCCUGCAGGAGGUGCCAGACGGGCUGGGGUCGGCGCUGGGCAGCCUGCGCGUCCUGGUCCUGCGCAGGAACCGCUUUGCCCGGCUGCCCCCAGCGGUGGCCGAGUUGGGCCACCAUCUCACCGAGCUGGAUGUGAGCCACAACCGGCUGACCGCCCUGGGCGCGGAGGUGGUGAGCGCCCUGCAGGAGCUGCGGAAGCUUAACCUCAGCCACAACCAGCUGCCCGCCCUGCCCGCCCAGCUGGGCGCUCUGGUCCACCUGGAGGAGCUGGAUGUCAGCUUUAACCGGCUGGCGCACCUGCCCGACUCCCUCUCCUGCCUCUGCCGCCUGCGCACCCUCGACGUGGACCACAACCAGCUCACUGCUUUUCCUGGGCAGCUGCUGCAGUUGGCGGCCCUGGAGGAGCUAGACGUGUCCAGCAACCGGCUGCGGAGCCUACCUGAGGAUAUCAGUGCCCUGGGUGCCCUUAAGAUCCUCUGGCUGAGUGGGGCCGAGCUUGGCACCCUGCCUGAGGGCUUCUGUGAGCUCGCCAGCCUGGAGAGCCUCAUGCUAGACAACAACAGGCUGCAGGCUCUGCCCGCCCAGUUCAGCCAUCUGCAGAGGCUCAAAAUGCUCAACCUCUCCUCCAACCUCUUCGAGGAGUUCCCUGCUGCGCUGCUGCCCCUGGCUGGCCUGGAGGAGCUCUACCUUAGCCGAAACCAGCUCACCUCAGUGCCAUCCCUGAUCUCAGGCCUGGGCCGGCUCCUCACCCUGUGGCUGGAUAACAACCGGAUCCGCUACCUGCCGGACUCCAUUGUGGAGCUCACCGGCUUGGAGGAGCUAGUGCUGCAGGGGAACCAGAUCGCUGUGCUGCCAGACAACUUUGGCCAGCUCUCCCGGGUGGGCCUGUGGAAGAUCAAGGACAACCCCCUGAUCCAGCCCCCCUACGAGGUCUGUAUGAAGGGGAUCCCCUACAUCGCAGCCUACCAGAAGGAGCUGGCCCAUUCCCAGCCUGCGGUGCAGCCCCGCCUCAAGCUGCUUCUGAUGGGCCAUAAGGCUGCAGGGAAGACCUUGCUCCGUCACUGCCUCACUGAGGACAGAGUGGAGGGAAAUGAAGGAGGGGACAAGGAGAAGAUCUACCCACCUCCACUUCCUCCCGUGAGCAAGGGCAUCGAGGUGACCAGCUGGACAGCUGAUGCUUCCCGGGGCCUUCGAUUCAUCGUGUAUGACUUAGCUGGAGAUGAAAGUUACGAGGUGAUCCAGCCCUUCUUCCUCUCCCCAGGGGCCCUUUAUGUGCUGGUGGUGAACUUGGCCACCUAUGAGCCACUGAGAUUCUCUACCACGGUGGGCUCCUUCUUGCAUCGUGUGGGGGCCCGGGUGCCUCAUGCUGUGGUGUGCAUUGUGGGCACGCAUGCAGACCUGUGCGGGGAACGGGAGCUGGAGGAGAAGUGUCUGGACAUUCACCGCCAGAUUGCCCUGCAGGAGAAGCAUGAUGCUGAGGGGCUGAGCCGUCUGGCCCAGGUGGUGGACGAGGCACUGGCCCGGGACUUCGAGCUGCGCUCAGCCAGCCCCCAUGCAGCCUACUACGGUGUUUCAGACAAGAACCUUCGGCGGCGCAAGGCCCACUUUCAGUACCUGCUCAACCACCGGCUGCAGAUCCUCUCCCCUGUGUUGCCAGUGAGCUGCAGGGACCCUCGCCAAUUACAACGCCUUCGGGACAAACUGCUCUCGGUAGCUGAGCACCGAGAAAUCUUCCCCAACUUACAUAGAGUACUGCCUCGGUCCUGGCAGGUGCUGGAAGAACUGCAUUUCCAGCCACCUCAGGCACAGCGGCUUUGGCUAAGCUGGUGGGACUCAGCACGCCUGGGCCUGCAGGCAGGUCUGACCGAGGACCGGCUGCAGAGCGCCCUGUCCUACCUGCAUGAGAGUGGCAAGCUGCUCUACUUUGAGGACAGCCCGGCCCUCAAGGAACACGUCUUCCACAACCUCACCCGCCUCAUUGACAUCCUCAAUGUCUUUUUCCAGAGGGAUCCUUCUUUAUUGCUGCAUAAGCUGCUCCUCGGGACCAACGGAGAGGGCGAGGGGGAGGGGGAAAGCUCCCUCGUGAUGGCGCUGCCUCCGCCAAACCAGGACCUGCUCCGGGCCACCCAGCUCCAUCAUUAUGUGGAGGGCUUUCUGCUUCAUGGGCUCUUGCCGGCCCAUGUCAUUCGGUUGCUGCUUAAGCCUCAUGUCCAGGCCCAGCAGGACUUGCAGCUGCUGCUAGAGCUGCUGGAGAAGAUGGGACUCUGCUACUGCCUCAAUAAACCCAAGGGCAAGCCUUUGAAUGGGUCCACGGCCUGGUACAAGUUCCCAUGCUAUGUGCAGAAUGAGGUGCCCCAUGCAGAGGCCUGGAUUAAUGGGACCAACCUGGCUGGGCAGUCUUUUGUGGCUGAGCAGUUGCAGAUUGAAUAUAGUUUUCCCUUUACUUUUCCACCUGGAUUGUUUGCACGUUACAGCGUCCAGAUCAACAGCCAUGUGGUGCACAGGUCGGAUGGGAAACUCCAGAUCUUUGCAUAUAGGGGGAAAGUUCCUGUGGUGGUCAGCUACAGGCCUGCCAAGGGGGUCCUGCAGCCAGAUACUCUGUCCAUUGCCAGCCAUGCAUCAUUACCGAAUAUAUGGACGGCAUGGCAAGCCAUCACCCCUUUAGUGGAAGAACUGAAUGUCCUACUUCAAGAAUGGCCUGGACUACACUACACCGUGCACAUUCUCUGUUCUAAGUGCCUUAAGAGAGGGUCGCCCAAUCCACAUGCUUUCCCAGGGGAGCUGCUGAGUCAGCCCAGACCGGAAGGAGUGGCAGAGAUCAUUUGCCCCAAGAACGGCAGUGAGCGAGUGAACGUUGCCUUGGUUUACCCACCUACACCGACUGUGAUCAGCCCCUGUUCCAAGAAGAACGUUGGUGAAAAGCACAGAAACCAGUGACCUUCAUGGCUGUGGAAUUUCCGUGGAGACGAGCGCGUCGGAGCUCACCUGGACCACCUUUCGUACCUGGUAACCCUCCACCGCCCAGGUGUGCCCGUGAGCUUGAGUGCGGAGUGCUCGGGGUGCUUUCGGAGGAGGGAGCACGCCUGGCCUGCGGGUGGGUGGGCAGGAGCGGGCGGGCGAUGGGAGAGGGAGGGAGCAAAUGUUUUACAACCUGAACCUCAGAACUGUGAUCCUCCAAGGAGAGCGCUACUUGAAGAAAAGAGAAAAAAAAAAGUCGAAUGGCUUCUCAGGGAUUUUGUUUUCUGUGCACAUACAAGCCAUACGUAGUUCCAGCGCAGGUGGCAGUAUCCAGAGCACUCAGAUUUCAGUUCUGUUAAAUGUGAACGAGGGAUCGACUGACCAUUCAUUGCUGUUCCGUAACUAGUGUAAAAUAUGUAUAUGUUUAUCUUUAUUUUUAUAAUAUGCAAAUACAUUUAAAUUUAUACAGUUCGAAGCUUCUAGCGUUAGUUAACACUGGGUGCAAUAUUCGCAUGAGAACUGUGCCAAGAUGGGGCUGAUUUCUUAUUUUAGCAUAAGACCUUUUUGUUCGUUCUUUAUUCUUUAAUCCUUUUCAGAUUAAAAAAAAAAAAAGAUAUCUCUCUGCCCGCGGGUUAAGUGUUGGUUCGUAGAGGUUGCCAAGAAUCUGCAAGCAUCUUCAAGGUGCACUUCAGGCACUGUCUCUCCUUUUAACUGAAGGUCCCUGCCUGUGAGCCGUUGGGCAGGGUGGCGGGAUUGUUGCUUUUCUCUGCCAACUGUCACUGGCGCUGAGCAGAGUGCUCCUGGCUCUGGGCUCUCGCGCCGACCGUGUGUUGUCGCUGGUGAUGCACCUGUGGAGGUGUGGGGUUAGGAUUCCUCAGCAGAGGACCAGGGGUCAGUGAGUCGGUGGAAAACCCGAGUCCUUCUAUAGCUUAAGAUAAUCAGGAGUCCGUUCUAAAACACGCAGAGAACUCUGGUAAUGAGUGGGGUUUUUUUUCUAGAACAGAGUCUGUGAAAUUUAGCAGAGCACUUGGAAAGCCCUCAGCACCUGGCUGUGAGACCCUCAGACAGUCAGUGGCCAACUGGAGAGUCUCUGAUUGGUCAGGCUGCCGCCAAGAACUAGCAUAAAUCUUGUUUUAAAAUCUCCACGAAGCAAAAUUUUAAAAGCAAAGCAAACAAAUUGCUUUCUCUUGGAAUCCUAAUUAGGGCCAAGCAGCAUCUGCUGCAGUAGUAACACAUCCUAGUCUGAAGAACGUGCAGGACUGUUUACAUCUGCCUCCUGCGUGCUGAUCGAAAACGUGUAAGACUGUUCUCGCCAGUGUAAGGCAGGAAAAGCGAGUCAGCCGGCAGUAUUCUCUUAUGAAGUAUUAACUCUUGGGAAUGCCACAGUCCACAAAGUCUCCCCAGGCAAGCUGCUGCAUUGCAAAAAAAUCACAAAUCGAUUUUUGCAGGAUAUUUUGUGCCCCAGGAGUUAACUCCAGAACCUCCAGUUUCACAAGGAUGAUUUCUUAUGACCAGAAAAUCAGGUGGAAUCAGACUAUUUCUCUAUUUUUAAAUACUUGAAUAUGAACCCUCAGAUUUGAAAUUUCCCUAUCUCUGGAACACAGUCACAAAAUUAAUCUGGUUGAUCCUUUUUGUCACAGUUCUCGUGUGUGUGCAUGGGCGUGUGUGCGCGUGUGUGCGCCAACUGAAUGCUGAUGUUUAAUUGCUUUAUGGACCAUUGAAUCAUUGGGCAUAAAAGUUUUUUAAUUGGCACGAGAGUUCCUAAACUGUCAAAUUAACUGAUUUUUGACCCAUCUUUUGAAAAGACUCUUAAGUGUGUGACUUUGAGCUAAUUCUCCAGGGGACCAUAUUAAAUGGGGGGGGAAAAUGUCCCUUUGGGUGACAUACCCUGCGAAGUUUGUGCUGUUAUUAUGAACACAGAUGCCCAUGUUCUUAAUAUCUGCUAUUUUUUGACAAAUGAUGUUUUGUGCUGUCAUCUGAACCCUAGAGAAGCAGAGUAAGAAGAAGUCUUGGGGUCACAUGUGUUUAAGUAAAAGGGUCAUCGCAGUAGAGGGUCAUGUGACCGAAAGCAGCUCCAGAAAAGCUUGAGGCCUUGCCUCGGGGUGGGGGAGGGUUGAAGACACAGAAAACACUCUGCUCUGCGGGAAUUGGAAUUUUCGCUGUCCGCGCGGGAAAGUCCGCUUCCUCCUUCAGCACCUGGGAAGACUCAGCCGGCCGAGGCCAGGCAGUUCCCUCAGCACAGGGCAGCCCCCCGCCAAGCCGUCCCUGGCCUCCCCAGAAGCCGCCCUCCAAGUUUGUCAUGGUUUCUAUUUCUGCAACUUGCGGUAUCAGAACUACUUCCUGGGAUUGUGAAGUGCCGCCAGGAUAAAUGUUCUCCCCCUUCCAAGGCAAAAUAACAGCGCUCACAUCUGACACGCGUGCGGUGGACUCUUCUGACUGAACAAAAUGGAAAGGGCUUGGGGUCAUUGCUGAUGGGGGGCGUGAUUUUUUCAUGACACAGUUUGUGAAUUGUAAUUGCGGCUUCCUAUUUAUAAUUGUUGUAACCAGGCAGAAAUUUAAAAAAAAAUUCAAAAAGUUCAAUAAAAAUACAAAUGUUUAAGCAA